AUGUCUCAGUGGAAUCAAGUCCAACAGCUGGAAUCAACAUUUUUGGAACAGAUAGACCAGAUUUAUGAUGACAAAUUUCCCAUGGAAGUCCGACACCUAUUAGCACAGUGGAUUGAAAACCAGGACUGGGAAUCUGCAUAUAGCAAUGAACCCAUGGCAGCCAUCCUUUUACAGAACUUGCUUAUAAAGCUGGACGAACAUAUAGACCGUGUUUCCCAAGAGAAGAAUCUCCUAUUGAUACACAACCUAAAGAGAAUCAGGAAAGUUCUUCAGGGAAAAUAUCAGAGUAAUCCUAUGCACAUAGCAGUGGUUGUUUCAAACUGUUUAAGAGAAGAAAGAAGAGUAUUGGCUUCAGCCAGCAUGCCUGUACAGGGACCUCUAGAGAAGUCACUACAGAACAACUUGGGUUCAGAAAGGCAAAGAAAUGUAGAGCACAAGGUGUCUGCAAUUAAGAACAGUGCACAGAUGACUGAACAAGAUGUGAAAUAUUUAGAAGAUUUGCAAGAGGAGUUUGACUUCAGGUUUAAAACAAUACAGAGCAUAGAACAGAAUGACAAAAAUAGUGUUGCCAUGAAGCAAGAGAUGCUGUUAUUGCAGGAAAUGCUCAAUACCUUAGACUACAGGAGAAAGGAAAUUCUCAGUAAAAUGGCACAGAUAAUAAAGGAAGUUGAAGCCUUGGUGAACAACAUGCUAACGGAAGAAUUAUUGGACUGGAAGAGGCGACAACAAAUUGCUUGCAUUGGAGGCCCUCUACACAGUGGGCUUGAUCAAUUGCAAAACUGUUUCACACUGGUGGCAGAGAGUCUCUUUCAAAUAAGAAGGCAACUGGAGAAGCUGGAUGAACUUUUGGUCAAACUCACAUAUGAGGGAGACCCCAUUGCAUUGCAAAGACCUCACUUGUUGGAAAGAGUGAACUUUUUACUUUAUAGCCUAUUCCAAAGUUCAUUUAUAGUUGAGAGACAACCCUGCAUGCCGACCCAUCCGCAGAGGCCUUUGGUUCUGAAAACAUUAAUACAGUUCACAGUUAAACUUAGGUUGCUUAUUAAAUUGCCAGAGCUGAAUUACCAGAUCAAAGUGAAAGCUGCUAUUGACAAGAAUGCUUCUACUGUAAGCAACCGCAGAUUCGUUCUUUGUGGCACUCAUGUAAAAGCAAUGAACAUGGAUGAAUCUGCAAAUGGGAGUCUUUCUGUGGAAUUCCGACAUUUGCAACCAAAAGAAAUGAAAGUGUGUGCUGGGAACAAAGGAAAUGAGGGCCCUCAAAUGGUAACUGAAGAGCUACAUUCUAUCACCUUUGAAACACAGGUCUGCUUAUAUGGGCUGACUGUAGACUUGGAAACGAGUUCUUUACCAGUCGUGAUGAUUUCUAAUGUCAGCCAACUGCCUAAUGCUUGGGCUUCUAUUAUCUGGUACAACUUGUCAACAAAUGAACCACAGAACUUGGUUUUCUUUAAUAAUCCAGCACCUGUUGCCUUGAGUCAGCUCUUAGAAGUACUGAGCUGGCAAUUUUCGUCAUAUGUUGGCCGUGGACUCAAUUCUGAUCAACUUGGUAUGCUGGCUGAAAAACUUACAGGACAAAUUACUUAUAGUGAUCAUCAACUUUCUUGGUCAAAGUUCUGUAAGGAACACUUGCCUGGUAAAUCAUUUACAUUUUGGAUUUGGCUUGAAGCAAUCCUGGAUCUAAUUAAAAAACACAUUCUUCCUCUUUGGAUUGAUGGAUGUAUUAUGGGUUUUGUGAGCAAAGGGAAGGAGCGGGGUUUGCUCAAGGACAAGAUGCCUGGAACAUUUUUAUUGAGAUUUAGCGAAAGCAACUUAGGAGGGAUAACUUUUACCUGGGUAUCCCAGUCAGAAAAUGGGGAAGUGGAUUUCCAUUCUGUUGAACCAUAUAAUAAGGGUCGUUUAACUGCACUGCCAUUUGCUGACAUUUUACGAGAUUACAAAGUUAUUAUGGCAGAUAACGUUCCUGAAAACCCACUGAAGUAUCUCUAUCCAGAUAUCCCCAAAGACAAAGCCUUUGGAAAGCACUACAGUUCUCAGCCAAGUGAAGUGUCAAGACCGACAGAAGGAGGAGCCAAAGGUUAUGUCCCCUCUGUAUUUAUUCCAGUCUCCAAAAUUCUGAAUGAUUCUACAGACACACAUUCUCCGUCGGACCUUCUUCCUAUGUCUCCAAGCGUCUAUGCUGUUUUGAGAGAACAUCUAAGUCCUACUGUGAUGGAAACUGCUUUGAGUUCUCCAUAUUCAACUGACUGACGUUCAUUUCUGAAGAUUCUAUACUACGG